CCCACUCCAAGUCCCUUGUCCGGGGCGCCCCGUUCGCCCCGUCUGUCUCACUACAAAACCCAACCACCAAUUCUUGUCAACCUCGCAGCGGGCCCAUCUCCAGAGGCUUCCCCUUCACUAGUGUAGAGUGCGCUAGGUAGGUGUGCUCGCAUGCUGUCUCCACUGACAUUGCUUCCGCGAUCCCGAUUCCAGGUCCCGUCGGCCACGGACAACACAGGCAAUAAGCCACAUGACAAUUACCAAGUCUUACUGGGCAUUUUUACAGACCACUUCCACUUCAAGUUCUCUUACAUCCCCCCGUCACCAAGAAAGAAAGAAAGAGUUGCUGGUGUGUGUCGGGAAGGCCGUCUCGAGGUUUAGGUUCCUCCGUUUGACACAUCGGGCUGCCAAGGUUGAAGCAAUUCUGAUCCAAUCGAAGCACGGGCCGAGGCUACGUACCUCUAGAGGUAGAGAGACCCAAGCUCCCGUCCCGUCUUCCUUGUUCACAAGUUCCCUUCUCCGCCAGAACUGCGGACUGCACUUCCACUGCUCUGCUCCUCCCAAGAAUCUGCACCACUUUUUGCUGAAUGCUUCAUCUCAACUUGCAACACUGCCCUGCACCACAACACCCCCCCGAAUCCUGGAUCGUCGGCAGCGGGCGGGCAGUCCAGCACAGCAGCAUUUCGCUCCCGCUGGUCCCUCCUUGCAUUUUCACACCUCACCUACCUACCUCUACAUACAUUCCCUCUCCACUGCUUCUCUCUCGCAACCGAAUUUGCGUGGAUCGCUCGAGACCACUUUUCCCCAUUCCGCCCAUUUCGCUUUGUACCUGAGCCCUGGCCGUGGUCCUGAAUUAGGCUCCCGGGCCCCGACUGUAAUCUUGCGACUUGCACCACGAGGUCAGUCCGGACAAUACCCACCCUCGUAAUCGACCAAACGCCGUAUCCAGAUCCCUAUUUAGUGGACUAGUCAUCUCUACUCGUCUAUACUCGACUUCAUUGGCUUCGCCCAUUGAGAUUCCACCUAACACCAACAAACACCCCCGACCCCCGUCCUCCCCCGG